GAACUCAACAAUGUCCUUCCAAUCUCUUUCUCUCCUCCCAUAAAAUCUUCCCAUUUUCUUUGUCCGGGCAUUUGCUUCCUACCUUUCCUUCCAUCUCUCUCCCUUCUCUGUCUCUAGGGUUUCUGGUAGUGAGAAAUUAGGGCAUUACCAUCGUCGGGGGUACGAGUCUUCUAAGGUCUGCUUCCUUAGUUUACGCUGCUUUUGGUUCCCACAGUCUUCUGACGAUGGUGGCGGAACACCUAUGAUCGGUGAAAGUGCAGGGAAAUUAUUGACCGCGUGAGGGGUUCGUUUGAUGCGGGCGGGGGCGUCUACGACCAGCAGGGCGUUACCGAUCGUUUGUUGGAGAAGAGCUGAUGCCUAGAACGAUCUCCAGAUCGCCGUCUUAUAGACGGAGGCACUCCCCGUCGCCCGUUAGGCACGGCAGCCGGAGAAGCCGGAGAGACCGAAGUCGUUCACCGUAUUCUUAUUCCCAUAGCAGGCAUAAAAGCCGUUCUCCUUCUCCGAGACGGCGUAUAAGUCGGUCGCCGUCUCUUAGACGACGUAAAAGUCGUUCACCGACACCAAGGCGGCAUAAGAGAUAUAAGAGUAGGAGUUCCACAAGGUCUCCUAUUCGAAAUUCUCGAAGCCCAAGCCUUGGUUCAAUUGAGCGGAAGAAUGCAAACGAAAAACUGCGGAAAGAAGAAGAAGAAAAGAAAAGGCUGUUGGUGCUAAUUGCGGUUUCUGUUGUUAAUAGGCGUCAACGAGAAGCAGAGUUAAGAUUAUUGGAAGAAGAAACUGCUCGGAGAGUGGAAGAAGCUAUUCGGAAAAAAGUUGAGGAGAGCUUGAACUCUGAAGAGAUUAAGCUAGAAAUUCAAAGGAGAAUAGAAGAAGGCCGAAAGAAAUUGCUCGAAGAUGUUGCAAUACAACUUGAAAAGGAAAAAGAAGCUACUCUAAUUGAAGCAAGGCACAAGGAGGAACAAGCUCGAAAGGAGAGGGAAGAACUUGACAGGAUGCUGGAAGAGAAUCGUAAAAGAGUUGAGGAAUCACAGAAGAAAGAAGCUCUGGAGCAACAGCAAAAAGAGGAGGAACGAUUCAGGGAAUUGGAGAGGCUUCAACGGCAAAGGGAAGAGGCCUUGAGGCGGAAGAAACUGGAGGAGGAAGAAGAACGAGCGAAUCAAAUGAAGUUGUUAGGUAAAAAUAAAUCCCGUCCGAAGCUAUCAUUUGCCAUUGGCUCCAAAUGAUUGGCUGUUUCUUUGUUCUUCGCCCAAGAGAGCCUAUUUUCCGCAUUGGCCAGUUUACAGUAACGGACUUCGAUCUCAUUGGUGUUCAUCCAUUGGGAAAAGCAUCCAAUUCAGUUUCAGCUAUUCUAGAUGUAUGGCCGUGGCCAGUACUCAAGUUUGGCAAUUGCAAUAUGUAUUAAGUCCCUCUUAUUCAUGGUAA